AUGGCAGUAGAACUGGUGGUUGGAGCUUUGCUCUCUGGUUCCCUCGAUGGAUUGCUUAAGAGGAUGGCUUCGCAGGAGGUCUUAAGAUUCUUCCAAAGAAAGAGCCUUGGUGAUCAGCUGCUAGAGAAGAUGAAGUUGAAGUUGUUGUCAGCUACUGCGGUGCUGAAUGAUGCUGAGAAGAAGCAAAUCGAAAACCCAGAUGUGAAAAAGUGGCUUGAUGAACUCCAACAAGUAAUCUAUGAUGCACAAGACUUGAUGGAUAGGAUAAAUACUGAAGUUUUGGCUUGGAAAGUGGAAGGUGAAUCUGCAUUUACGUUUAAGGGUGAGAAAUGUUUUGACAAAAUGGCCUGGGUUUAUGCAUUAGAACAAUUUGAUAUUUUCAGAAUAACAAAAGAAAUUGCAAAGGAAGUAGUCACUGGACAAACCUAUGAUGCCCUGAACCUAAAUACACUUCAAGUUAUAUUGAAGAAGGCUUUGGAGGGAAAAAAGUUUUUACUCAUUCUAGAUGAUGUUUGGAACGAGAGGAAUACAAGCUGGGAUGAGUUAAAAAAACCUUUUGAAUCUGUAGCAUGUGGAAGUAAAAUCAUUGUUACCGCACGAAAUGAUGGUAUUGCUUUAGUGAUGCGUGAUGUUCCAUCUUAUCACUUAGGAACAUUGUCCGGUGAUGAUUGUUGGAAAUUGUUUGUAGAACAUGCCUUCAACAAUGUAGAUCAGCCAUCAACCCAUCCAAAAUUAGAAGAAAUCGGCAAAAAAAUUGUCCAAAAGUGUCAAGGUCUUCCUUUGGCAAUAAAAUCGCUUGGUGGUCUCUUACAUCAUCAACUAAAUCCAGAAGAAUGGUUGAAAAUACUAAACAAUGACCUAUGGGAAUUGCCCAAAGAAAAAAAUAGCAUUCUUCCUGUUCUAUGGAUAAGUUAUCAUUAUUUACUCGCACAUAUUAAACAAUAUUUUUCUUACUGCUUAAUGUUCGCCAAAAACCAUGAAAUUGAUAAAGAUCAAUUAAUCAAGUUAUGGAUGCCUGAAGAUCUCAUCCAACCCUCCAAAAAGCAAAGGAUAGAAGAAGUUGGCGAAGAGUACUUUCAUGAAAUAUUAUCAAGAUCAUUAUUUCAACAAUCAAAAGGUAGGGAUGGAUCAAUUCAUUUUGGCAUGCAUGACCUCGUGAAUGAUCUGGCUACAUUUAUUAGUGGAGAAUUAUGUUGGAGAUGGGAUGAAGGAGACUCCAAGCCUUCAAAAAAGAUUUUGAAGUUGCCUGAUUCAAUUGGAAACUUGAAAUCUCUAAGAUAUUUGGAUUUAUCUUCCAGCUUAAUUGAAGAGAUGCCACAUACAGUUUGUACUUUGUACAAUCUUCAGACAUUACUUUUGAGAAAUUGUUCAAGGCUAAAGCGGUUGCCACCUGACAUGAGAAAGCUAAUUAAUUUGCGCUAUCUUGAGCUGGAAUACAAAGUCGGGUGUAACAUACCCGUAGGAAUUGGUAAUUUGAAAGAUUUGCAAAUAUUACCUUAUUUUAUGGUGGGCAAACAUAGUGGGCCUACAAUUAAGGAGUUGCAAAAUCUUCAACUUUUGAGAGGCAGUAUUCGUAUUUUAGAGCUCAAAAAUGUUCUGGAUGUUGAAGAUGUCUCAAUGGCCAAUUUAAAAGAUAAACAGUACCUCAGCCACUUAGAAUUUGAUUGA